AAUGAGUAAAUCAUCAGUAGGUAACCGACGACGACGCGCUCGUAUAUAUUGCCAUUGUAAAAAACACCGGUACUCAUCAAAACGUCGCGCCUUGUUACUAUUCGAAUAGUACCAUAUAACUAAUUAGUACCAAUCAUGUCCGUUCUAUCAAUAUGAUUAUCAUUAUUUGGUGUUUGAUUUUUAUUGAAUUAACUUUCGGUGCCAGUGUGCUCAAUUGCCCUCCUUCUGAACUCAAAUUCGAAAAAGUUCUUGGCCUAAGGCCUUCUAAUUCAACAAUAUCCAGACUUUUACAUCAAUCAAAUCCAAGUAUCAUCUCAAGACCUAUUACAUCAGAAUGUAUUGCAAAAUGCCUAGCUCGUGAUGAUUGCUCAAGUUUCGUAUUGUUUUACAGUGUGUCAAAAUGUUACUAUUAUAGCAGUAAUUUUAGUGUAACGGACGACAAGGAUCAAGUUAUUGAUGAAAAUGUAGCUUGGUUUAUCAAAAAGUGUUUAGUCACAGGUUCAUCAUGCAACAAACUAUGGGUAUUUGAUAGGAUACCAGGAGCUACUUUAAUAGGCAACGAUACUAAAACCUUACAAAGACCCAUUUCAAGAACUAAUUGUGAACAGUACUGUCUGAAUGAAACCCAAUUCCCUUGUAGAUCCACUAAAUUUACUAUUAUACAGAUUGGACCUGAUUCUUCUACAGGAAUUGAUGGAUAUCCAUAUGGACCAAAUAACUAUAAUGCAGGAGUUGAUGGAAUUUGUAUUUUAAGCAAUACUGAUAGACAUCAACUACCUAGUUCUUUCCGAGUUUCUGAUUAUGAAGAUGAAUAUUUCGAAAAUCAAUGUUCCCCCAAUAUAGAAAACAGAAAUGAAUUCUGUGCAUAUGAAGAAUACGAAAACAUGACAUUAUCUAACAAAGAUAUGUUAUUCGAACGAAAAACUAAAGAAGAAUGCCAAAAAAUGUGCGAUACUUUUGAACCUUUCAAUUGUCGAUCAUUUACCAUAAUUAAUGGUAAUUUGUGUUACCUACAUAGUGAAGAUACCAAAAUUUAUGGUCCAAAUUCUUUACAAGACCUUUCUGGCGCAGUAUAUUACGAAAAAGCGAAUUGUUUAAACAUAUCGGUGACAUGUAGUGAAACUUACAUGACAAUAAACUACAAACCAGAAAUAAAUUUUAAAGGUAAAAUGUAUAUGGAAGGAUUCUCAGAUAAUCCAGUUUGUUCGGCAAAUGGACAGGGUGGAUAUAAUGCCAUAUCAUUACAAAUUCCUUUAUUAACUGGACAAUGUGGUAUUAUAAAAGCAGAUGGGCCAGUAAAUAGAACUUUACUCUCCGGAAAUUUGUUGCUUCAGUAUAAUUCGUACAUUCAAACACAAAAUGACAGACUAAUACGAGUUGGAUGUAUUUUUGGUAAUGAAACAAAAGUAGUCAUUGGUACUGGUGUACAUGUAUCUCCAAUGUUACCAAACAGGGGAAGCGUGAUAAUAAUUCCAGGUAAUAAUGCUACCGUACCAAAUGUUAUAAUGAAAGUCGUGGACGCUCAUACUGGCGAUGAAAUAAGUGAUUCCCAAAUUGGUCAGGAUCUUCAACUACAAAUUAUACUAAACAAACCAGAUAAUUUGGAUAUUUGGGCAAGUCAUUUGAUAGCCAUGACUGAAAAAAACGAUGAAUCUAUAUUUUUAUUAGAUGACAGAGGAUGUCCAACUGAUCCCAAUAUAUUUCCAUCUUUAAGAAAAAUAAGAACUGAUGAUUAUGUAGAGCUUCUGGCAAAUUUUAAGGCUUUCAAAUUCACAAAUUCUCCCAUAAUAAGAUUUAGCGUUAUUAUACAAUUCUGUGUAGGAAUUUGCGCACCGAUAAACUGUGGGGGAAAUAUAUUAUCUCACGGUCGACGAAAAAGAGAAAUUACAAAAAUCGAAACUAUAAAUGGAACUACAGCAGUCAAAAUUAACCCGACUAAUAACAAACAAAAAUCUAGUCAGAUGUUUGAAAUGCCUCUUGAAUAUAUCAUGGUAGUAAGAGAUACCAAUAAAUAUAUAUCUGAUAGAUUGGUAAUUGGAGAUAAUAAAAUUCUAGUUGCUGGAUAUGAUUUUGCAACAAAUGAAGUAUGUCUAGAUUAUUCUUUGGUAAUCGCUUUGAUAAUAUUAUGGAUUUUGGUUCAAUUAUUUUUUAUUAUUGGUUGUAUAGUUCUAGUAAGGAGAUACAAAAGGUACUACCAGCACGAGUGCACACGGCAAUCAUUAGAAGAACUACAUAAAAAUUUUGGAUUGGGAACCAGCAAUUUAGAUAAUAGAAGAGUUCAUUGGGCUGAUAAUGAAAAUAUUCUUUGAGAUAUGAAAAUAAACGUAAUAUUAAGAGGAAUAGACUGAUACCAAUAUUUUAAUCAAGUCAUAAAUUAUUUUAAAAAAUGUAUCACUAAAAAAUAUAUAAUUAUUUCAAUUCAUGUAUAAACAAUUAGAGAUAUAUCUGGAAGUUUGUAAAUAAAAUGGAAUACAGUUUUGUAAGUAUAAUAAAUUGUUAUUUCUACACUUUGUCACAAGAAUUCUGAACCUAUGUUUGACUACUGUCUUAACUUUGUUUUUGCCUCAUUCUUCAAAAACCUGUGGUACUUAAAAAUUUGCCCUAUAUAACAAUGAACUGAACUCUUAAAAGAUAAGUUGUAGCGAUGUCUGAGGGCAAUUGAACAUGAAAUUUGCCACAAUAUAAUAAACUACACUGUUAAAUGACAAAA